AUGGCCGCCAUAAAUGAAGGUGGUCUAGAUGUAGACUGGCUGCUCCAUUCUAAGAAGGAGCCUUCCCAAACCACCAACAGUAGUGAAAAGCCCAGUCGCCAGCCUGUUGCUCGAACUCAGACUCCACCCAAGAUCGAUCAUGUUGAACCCACACCGCCGCAUACACCAAAGGCAGAGCCAUCAGAGCCACCCCCUUCCAAAGCGAUCCAUCACGAGGAGUCUAUCGCUCCAGACCAGAAGCCGAAAGAGAAGUCCGGCAAAGAAAGAGGGGAUGCUUUACAAGCUGCGGCGGAAAAGAUCGUCGGAACAUCACAUUCACGCCCUCCGCUGGCGAGAGGGAUAAGCAAUGAAGACUCGAAAAAGGGCCUCAAACCUGGUUCUGGAAAUAAAAAGGACGGUCGCAGAAGCUCAUGGAUAGCAAGCUUCAGUUCCAAGUUUUCCUCCUCAAAUUCCCCAACACCAUCGCGAAACUCGAGCGUUGAUAGCAAUCCACAGGCGAAUGGUGGCACUGUGAACUCACCGCAACCAAGUCCCAAGAUCGAGCUGACCAAUCCUUUCGGCAAGGCUCAACCCGUUAAAGAUGGGCAGAAGGAAACCCCAAAGGAGGAGACUAAACCUGCCUCAGUCCCUUACACUCCACGAAGACAAUCCGUUCUCGUCGCUGCUGGGAAGGAGACCAAAUUGGACCAUCCUGGAUUUCUCUCCAGUGCGCUUCGCCGACUAUCAUCCUCCACCAACGCUUCCAUGGGAAAAGGCAACAGUACCGGUGCAGUUUGCGCACGAAAGGUGAUGAAUAUCGAUCAGAACCGUGAGCGGAUCAAGAUCGGUGAGUUUGACCAGAAUAAACUCAAACGGGUGGCUUUCUGUGUUGAUGUGGAAAUCGCCGGUUUUGCAUCCCAAGCCGACGAGGAACCGGAGGAACACACCACUCGCCCUCCUGUUUCAAGUGCACAAAAGCAAAGCAAUGCGGCAACCGAGAACCAAGUCAAUGGCACCAAGGAUUCUAAGGAUGCCAGAAUGAAAGACAAGGGCGAAGGUGCCGCAUUAAAGAACCCCUCUACUGCGAGCACGGAGAAGGAAGAACUUGGUCAGACCAAGAUUGACACACAGAUCGAAGCAACCGAGGAGAAGGCCGAUGCUUCUCAAAAAGGCGACCAAGGGCCUAGCGAUUCUUUAGCCGCACCCACAACGACACGAAAAAAGGAAAAGAAAAAACGCUCUGAGGCGGAAAGAAAAGAGCGAAAAGAGCGCAAGCGAAAACACGCCGAAGCGAACGGAUUGGUACCACUUGAACUCACGAGGGAGGAGUCAGAUUCGGAUUCAAGUCCCAGUAACACUCCUGAAGGCACCUCGACACCUAGACGAUCUGACGGCCCUACGACCGACCCUCUCCGUAUCUACAAGCGAUGUUGUCAGCUUCGGGAAACAACAGUACUGAGUCGAAUGAAGGAACAAAUCUCGAAACCAUCCGCUACAUUAGCGGAAGCACCGGGCACGGUCGCUGUCAUGGAUCUUGCUGGUAUGCAAUUCCAACUGCAGGACAUUGUCACUCUUGGCGAUUGGCUCGCAGUCGUACCAGUUCGAAAACUGAUUCUGGACGGCUGUGGCCUGACGGACGAGGGAGUGCGGAUAAUCUUGUCUGGUCUUUCCGGCUGCAAAUCAUCGGAGCAAGCACGUCAAAAUCGAAAAUUACCCAAAAGGCUUAGUGGCAAGCAAGGAGUCGAACAAAUGGGCAUGAUUGAAAGACUUUCGUUGAAAAAUAAUCCCAAUAUCACGAACCUCGGAUGGAAGCAUAUCGGCCUCUUCAUGCACAUGUCAAAGUCGCUGAAAGCCAUUGAUCUCUCAGGUAUCCCAUUCCCCAAGAAUGGAGACCUCUCCCGCGCCACAUCGAAUACCAGCACCGUGAGCAACAAGUCGAAUGACCCUGCGCCCAAAGCCACCGAUGUCGGUUCUUUGAUCGUUCGUGCCCUGUCACAGCGACUGGGUGAUCGACUGGAGGAACUUAUUCUCAGUGAUUGUGCCCUUUCAGCGGCCAACAUCCGUGAUAUCGUGGACUGCGCCGUCAAGAUCAAGUUGCGACGUCUGGGGCUUGCGGAGAACAACUUGAAUGAGGAGACUCUUACACACGUUGCACGAUACAUCAAGUCCGGUGCUUGUGAAGGUCUCGACCUCGGUGGCAAUGAUCUUCAUGGUCUCGGUCAAAUCGUGGCAGACGCACCUGAUGCCGAGAAUCCAUUGUUUGCUAUUAGUCUAUCAAAUUGCAAUUUGACUCCUCAGGACCUAAGUACUAUCCUCAGCCCAUUCACCAAGUUGAAGAACUUGAAGUUCAUCGAUCUAUCUAGCAACAAAAGCAUGUUUGAUAAGCAACCUGAUGCAGUCCCCAUUCUCCGGAAGCUCCUACCCAGACUCACGCCCUUGCGGCGAAUCCAUUUGAGUGAUGUUGGAAUGACACCAGAUCAGGCCAUCGCCCUUGCCGAAAUCCUUCCUGAUUGUCCUUCAAUGGCACACCUCAGCAUCCUCGAAAACGAACCUCUGGUUCAGGCAAUGAACUCCAAGAAAGGAACUGCCCAGGAAGAAGCCUGUGCGGUCUUCGCUUCACUAAUGACUGCAGUCCGAGUAUCUGAGACUAUCGUUGCCAUCGAGAUUGAGGUGCCAAGUGCAGAAAGUAGUGAAGUAGUCAAAGCUUUAGCCUCACAGGUGAUCGCUUACAGUUUGCGGAAUAUGGAGACCACAACGCUCGACGAGGUCGGUGCCAAACUAGCCGGGAACGCCAACCAGGAUGCCCCUGAAGUCCUGCUCCAGCUUGUUGGCCAUAUCGACGGGUUCGGAGGUAAUCACGAUCAUGAUGAGCCUGCGGCGCCUGACGAAGACUACGUGAUUGCCUCGACCGGUAUUGUCAAGGCACUUGGAAUCUGCUUGGGAAGUAAAGACACCAACAGCCGUUCGCACUCGAGAAAUAUCACUCCCACCGCUAGCGGCACUGCUACUCCUAGGCAAGGUGGCGCUCGGCGGAAAGAUAUGUCCAAACCUCGAGAUGUGAGCCUGGAGCUUUGUGAAAGUGCCAGAAAAAUCCGGAACAGGCUUGGACCUGUACUCGUCAGAGAGGACAGAGCCGGCAAUGAUGCAAAUUAUCGUCGGUUAUUAAUGCUCGAUCAAACACUUCAACGAAUGAUCCAACGUUUCGAGGACGAAUAUCCGGAAACCAAGGUACCGGUCGCCAUACCGCCCACAGCAAACGGUAUGCCAUCUCCCAACCCUUCGGUAGGCGACACAUCCAUUCUAUCCGCCUCGGUGGAAUCCAACGGCCUAGCCACGAUAAAUUCCGCCGAAGAGUACUUCCCCGGCGAGGACGGGCCAUCGGCAGAGCAGCGAAACGCCAAACUAUCACGAACACCCUCCAACACGUCCCUGGCAUCCAAACUCUUCACCGACGAGGAAGGCCGUAUGCACCGCUUCGGGCAGAAUCUGCGACGUGAGGUGCUCAAGCCCACGGGCGUGGACGACCAUCUGCACGGGACAAGCACGGACGACGCGCCCGAGCUGGAAUCUUUGGCUGUGCUUCGCACACGCCUCGAAGAACUUGGCGGCGAGGAGAUUCGCCAGCAGGUCGAGCGCGACGGCGCUGACAAUGUCGUCCGCCAACUCGGCAUUAAUGCCCAGGAACUUCUCGUCAUGAAGCACGAGGAUCCUGUGGGCUUCGAAGCGUUUUCGAAUUCUCAGCUCGCGGCACAGAUCAAUUCCGGGAGAUUCGAGGAGAAAGCCGUGCAGGAGUGA